AUGCAGGUGCAGCAGAGCUCGGUAGAGGAGUUUCGGCUCGACGCUGGGAAGAAAGCCAAGCCCGUUAUGCGGGCCGAGGAUCAGUUCGAGCUGCUCCGGACCGCACGGAGCUCAGUGGAAGUCGGCAUGGAGCACGAGCGGGUUCGAGUACAGCUUGCACUACUCCUACAGCUCACCGGAGCGAAUGGCCCCGACCAACUAUCGAACUGCGUUUCGAAAAACCCAAGAGCUAAGUGGGUGCCAAAGACGAGUAUGCCAACGUUGAAUUCGGUACUUAGUUUGGGUUUUGCCGAUGGAGCCUUCGAAGGGCUCGCUGGACCCGAAGACCUUUUCCAGCUGAAGGUCCUUCCCGGUCUGAACCAGCAAGAGGUGCCGAUCAAGAAAUCGAAGAUGGAUUGGCCGCUGUUUCGCGGACUCAGGAGCGGUCAGAAUGGCCACGAGGUCUCCGAAACCGAGCGGGUGACAGACAAGUGGCUGCGCGAUAGAAUGAAACAUUUGGGCGAAGUCACCGGGUUCGACCUCCCUCUGGGCCCGUACUGUUUCCGCCGGGGGAAUGGGGAAGCGCUGGACAGCAGUAGUCUCAUCAGCGAUUCCCAGCGCAACAAGAUCCUCCAGCAUGCGAACUCGGGAGUGUACCAGCACGAUUACAUGUCUAACUACAUUGGUCAGGACAAGCAAGCGAUCUACCGGGGUUUGAAGCCUCAAGCAGCGGUCAUGAGGGCUGGGAGUGGAAUGACACGAUCUAUCGAUCGGCAACGGCCGCGAACAUUGAAUGAUCGGUAG